AGACGGUAGGUUAACGGCGGCAGCGGCCUGUUAGGGCGGAAAGCGGGUCCCCGCCAUGGCGACCACCGUCAGCACCCAGCGGGGCCCGGUUGGAAGGCAAACAGCUUUUUCCAAAACUGUACUGCAAGUGUAUAUUGGUGAGCUUCCUCAGGAUUUCUUACGUAUCACCCCAACACAGCAGCAGCAGCAGAUCCAAUUGGAUGCACAGGCAGCUCAACAGUUACAGUAUGGAGGACCGAUGGGCACAGUAGGCAGACUCAGCAUCACUGUAGUACAGGCAAAACUGGCAAAGAACUAUGGUAUGACCCGCAUGGAUCCAUACUGUCGGGUACGGCUUGGCUAUGCUGUGUAUGAAACUCCUACAGCACACAAUGGAGCCAAAAACCCACGCUGGAACAAAGUUAUUCAGUGCACUGUUCCCCCGGGUGUGGACUCUUUCUAUCUUGAGAUAUUUGAUGAGCGAGCCUUUUCAAUGGAUGACCGCAUCGCCUGGACACACGUUACUAUUCCUGAGUCUCUGAAACAAGGAAAGGUGGAGGAUGAGUGGUAUAGCCUGAGUGGAAGGCAGGGUGAUGACAAAGAAGGAAUGAUUAACCUGGUCAUGUCAUAUGCGUCCAUACCAGCUGCCAUGAUGAUGCAGCCGCAGCCAGUGGUGCUGAUGCCCACAGUAUACCAGCAAGGAGUUGGAUAUGUACCUAUUGCAGGAAUGCCUGCAGUCUGUAACCCAGGCAUGGUACCAGUGGCAGUGCCACCUCCUCCAGUCAACCCUCAGCACGUGUGUAAUGAAGAGGAUCUGAAAUCAAUCCAAGACAUGUUCCCCAAUAUGGACAAGGAAGUAAUUCGUUCAGUGCUAGAAGCCCAGAGAGGGAACAAGGAUGCAGCUAUCAACUCGUUACUUCAGAUUGCAGAAGAGUUAUAGACCCCAAGCCCUGCAUUGUCUCUGUUCUUGAUGCCACCUUUAUUUUGACUUGCCAAGCCAGGGAUUUAGCUAGAGGAAGAAUUUCCUAACAGAUUCCUGUGAGCAUUCUGUCUAAAAGAGAUUGUACCCCUUUUUCUCCUUGGAUAUUUGCACAUUUUUUUCACUUUUUCUUCUACAGUUUGUUUUACAUAUGUUCUACAGAAGCUUUUUUGUUAAUACCAGCCUUAUCAUAUGUGGCUAUAUUGCUUUCAGGGGUGUGUGGGUAUGCUGCUUUUUUCUUCCUUCUCUCUGUUUGAAAACAAGACCAUGUUCAUAUGAUCUCUCUUAACAGUAUGCAGUACAGGAUUUACUGCUCUGUCUGUUAGAUCGGAAGAGUUACGUUUUCUGGGAGUUGGAUUUUUUUCUUUACUUACUGCUUUUAAUAAAAUGUUGUUGUUUCAGUAAGCCACCUGUUUCUGCCAGAGAUAUAAAAAACGAUUACACAAUGCCCUUUGGUUUGUCCUGUGGUGUUCAGUUAUUGCUGUGAAUAGUCCAACUAUCUUUAACAUAGUUUUAAAUUUACUAACAAGCUGGCUUUCUUGUUGUAGUCUUUAGUGUUUCUAAUUAGGUAGCCCCACCCACCUAUCCUCGUGAUUGGGCACCAAAGCAAUAUAUAUCUGUUUGGUGGGCAUUUGGGGGCUCAAUCCUACCAUGUGAUGUUGCUGUAUUAGUAAAAUCUGCAGGAAAUGGUUUUCUAUAUACAGCAAUACACACUGUGCAUCAGAGGACAAGAUUGGGCCCUAAUGUGUUCCUGCAGUUACUUGCACUCUUCUUGCUUCUACAUUCCUGUGAUUAUUCCAAAGGAUGAAUGCAGAAGGAAAGAAUUUAUACCUGGAAAAUUAUGUAUAAAAUAAGC